AUGACGAUGGUGCUGGCGCGGGGCUCCUCCUCGGCCGCCUCGGGCCGCAGGUACGUGCUGGGCCACGAGGCGAUGAAGAGGAUGCAAACGUCCAACGUCCUGGUGUCGGGGCUGCGGGGGCUGGGGGUGGAGGUGGCCAAAAACCUGGUGCUGGGGGGGGUCAAAUCCGUCACCCUCCACGACCCCCAACCCGCCGCCUGGGCAGACCUGGCCUCCCAGCCCGUGUCCCCCCGUGACCCCGUGACCCCUGUCCCCCCCCAGGGUGACGCGGGGGCGCUGCUGGCGCUGGCGCGGGAGGUGGCCCCGGGGGCCCCCCUGGACCCGGAGCUGCUGCGGGAACUGGCCUUUCAGGCCUGCGGGGACCUGGCGCCCGUCAACGCCUUCCUGGGGGGGCUGGCGGCCCAGGAGGUCAUGAAGGCGGUGUCGGGGAAGUUCACGCCCAUCACCCAAUGGCUCUACUUCGACGCCCUGGAGUGUCUCCCCGAGGAGAACAAGGAGACCCUUCUCACCGAGGAGCAGUGUCGCCCGCGCAACAGCCGCUACGACGGGCAGAUCGCCGUCUUCGGGGCCGACCUCCAGGCCAAGCUGGGCGCCCAGAAGUACUUUGUGGUGGGGGCGGGGGCCAUCGGCUGCGAGCUGCUCAAGAACUUCGCCAUGAUGGGCCUGGGCUGCGGCCCCGGGGGCCACGUCACCGUCACCGACAUGGACACCAUCGAGAAGUCCAACCUCAACCGCCAGUUCCUCUUCCGGCCCUGGGACGUCACGUGGGCGCGGGACGAGUUCGAGGGGCUCUUCAAGCAGCCGGCGGAGAACGUCAACCAGUUCCUCACGGGAGGAUCUAUGGGUCCUGAGGGGCACCCAUGGGUGCUGGGGCACCUCGCUGUGGGGCACCUCGCUGUGGGUCACCUCGCUAUGGGUCACCUCGCUGUGGGGCACCUCGCUGUGGGUCACCUCGCUAUGGGUCACCUCGCUGUGGGGCAGAGCAAGCUGAUCGCGGGGAAGAUCAUCCCGGCCAUCGCCACCACCACGGGGGCGGUUGUGGGGCUGGCCUGCCUGGAGCUCUACAAGCUGGUCCAGGGCCACCGGCGCCUGGGCUCCUACAAGAACGCCUUCCUCAACCUGGCCCUGCCCUUCGUCGGCUUCUCCGAACCCCUCGCCUGCCCCCGCAACAAGUACUAUGAGGUGGAGUGGACGCUGUGGGACCGGUUCGAGGUCCAGGGGCUGCAGCCCGACGGGAAGGAGAUGACCCUGCGCCAGUUCCUCGCCUACUUCAAGAAGGAGCACCGGCUGGAGAUCACGAUGCUGUCCCAGGGCGUCUCCAUGCUCUACUCCUUCUUCAUGCCGGCCGCCAAGCUCCGCGAGCGCCACGACCAACCGUAGGGCCCGG